UAUUUUUACAUAUCACUGGAAAACUAUGAGCGAGUUGGAAUUAUGUGUAUUGGGAAAAAUUAUGCAGCAUAUAGAUCUUGACAUCAUACAUAUUUCAGACCUAUCAAAAUCGGCGUGACGUCCCCUAUACCACAGCCAAAAUUAUACCAAUUCAUCCUAACUAUGAGUUACAGCGUAUAGUCGAGGAAAUGAUAGUUUGUAUCAAAGAAGCGGAACAAUAUGAACGAGAAAUUUUCUACAAGUACAUCAAGAAGUGCUAUGUUUUCUGCGGUUGUUCCAUAGCAUGUACGUAUGUGACUGCGGUUGGUUUUUCAUUACGACCUGCAAUUUUGCCAGUUCCUUUCCCAUUUGAUGUGGAAUAUCCGUUUCCUGUAAAUUAUACAUCAGUAUAUAUUAUCAUAUAUAUGCAACAUGUUUGCGUUUGUUUUCAAUCCGCUGCGCAAAUAUGCAUAAGCUCGUUUGGAGGGCUUCUACUUUGGUUCACGGCAGCGAGAUUUGAGUGUUUGGCCGUGAAUCUGGAGCGGAGCACAGACACUGAUACGUUGAUCGAUUGCGUUAAGAAACAAUUACAUUUAAGAAGAUACGGAGAAGAAGUGCUUAAUAAUUUUCGUUUUAUGGUACUUUACGCUGUUGGAGUAGCCACAUUUGCUUUGACUUUGUGUUGUAUUAUGAUGAUUGUACACAAAUUUGUUAAACAGGAUGUACCUCUGUUCGUGAAGAUACAGUAUAUAGGUGCAUGUGUUACUGUACUUACGGAAAUUUACUUAUACACAUGGCCAGCUGAUUACUUGAUAGAUAUGAGCAUGGGCAUCCCGCAAAGUGCAUAUAAUUCGACCUGGUAUGACCGGAGGUUGGAAAUGCAGAAAAAUCUAUUGAAUAUGUUAACAUAUCAAAAACCAUUAGUACUUUCCAUAAGAUGUAUAGUGCCAGAACUCUCAUUGCGUUAUUAUUGUUCGUACCUGUCCAAUGCCUUCUCCAUCUUCACUACUUUGCGCGUCAUGAUACAGAAUUAA